AUGCGUCGCAAAGACUCGACGCUGUUUGCGCCGUACCGUUCAAUGGGAGUGGUAUGUUCUGGUGUACGGCCAGUAAUUCGUCCUAAUGAAUCACAAGUGAGGUAA